AUGGCUUGGUCAAUCGAGCUAUCCGAAUUCGAUAUCCACUUCGAGACUCGGGGUUCUAUCAAAUCACAGUGUUUAGCCAACUUCAUCAACGAACUAUCCCCUCCCGGACAGUUCGAAGAAAGCACAUGGACCAUGCAUGUUGAUGGAUCUUCCAACCGUCAAGGCAGUGGAGCCGGCAUCAUAUUGGAAAGUCCGUCUGGUAUUACACUGGAACAAUCUUUGCACUUCGGUUUCCGGGCAUCUAACAACCAAGCCGAGUACGAAGCAUUAUUAGCAGGAAUGUUGGCAACCGAGAUGGGCGUCCGUAAGAUCGUAUGUUGGAUAGAUUCGAAGGUCAUAACGGAGCAAGUUAAUAACAAUUUCCAAGUUAAAGACCCCAACCUUCUGAAGUACUACCACCUCUUUCGAGGCCUAAGUGGUCGUUUCGACGACGUCCAGGUUCGCCACACACCGCGCAACUGUAAAGAACGGGCCGACCAGUUGGCACGGCUAGCCAGCAGCCAAAAGUCAGGUCAACUCCGAGCAACUAUACACCUUGAGCGCCCCAGCCCAAGCGUCGCGCAAGGAUGCAUGCCGGUUGAUGAAUCCCCCAAGACAUGGAUGACCGACAUACUCGAUUUUAUCGUCCACGGCAAAGAGCCAGCCGAUUCGUCCGAAGCAAAGAAGUUGAGGACACAAGCUGCAUGGUAUUCUGUCGUAUCAGGCGAGCUUUACCGAAGGGGAUUUUUCACCCCCUUGUUGAAAUGUCUCGAGCAUCAGCAAGCCAAUUAUGCCGUUUGUGAAGUUCACGAAGGCAUUUGCGGAUCUCAUUCAAGAGGACGGACAUUGGCCACCAAGAUCUUGAGGGCCGGUUAUUAUUGGCCGACCCUAAAAACCGAUUGUGCUGAUUAUGUGAAGAAAUGUGCACAAUACCAAAAGCAUGGAAACCUCAUACAUGCCUCGGCCACCGAAUUGCAUAACAUCAGCUCUCCUUGGCCGUUCGCCUUGUGGGGAAUCGACAUACUCGGCCCCUUCCCUGUCGCAAAAGGGCAAGUCAAGUUCCUCUUAGUAGUCGUGGACUACUUCACCAAAUGGAUAGAAGCCGAGUCGCUUGCUUCUAUCUCGGCCGCUAACGUCCAAAAGUUUGUAUGGAAGUACAUAGUCACCCGCUUCGGCAUCCCUUAUGCUAUCGUUUCCGACAAUGGACUUCAAAUCACCGAUCAGAAGUUCAAUUCUUUUCUCCAAAACCUGGGUAUUCGGCAUCGGUUCUCAUCGGUUGAGCACCCGCAAUCAAACGGACAAGCUGAUUUGGCCGUUGGUCCCGCCCCACCACCUUGGGAAGUUGGUGGAUUCCCGCGCACGCCGGUCAGGGUCUUAUUCACAGUGGUUGCCGCCACUUGGUUCCUGAUCAACGUGCGGAUGUCUAGAUCGUCCUCUUCAUAA